AUGGAUUUAGUACCACCAAGCAAUCUCCCAGCCAUCCCAAAUUCCACUGCGAAAAGAAAUCGAGUCCCGCUUUCUUGUAAUCCAUGUCGUAUUCGCAAAUUGCGAUGCGAUCGUCAACAGCCCUGCCACAAUUGCAUGGCGCGGGGAUCCGGCAACCUGUGCAUAUAUGCAAAUGGCGUGACACAGGGACGAGAUGUGAAUGACUCGGCAUCCCAAUAUAGAGCCAAAGGUCCUAUCCAGGGACGACUUUGUAACGAAGACCUCUUCUACCGCAGUAGCACUCACUGGGAUAAUGUCCUGGCGGAGUACCAAGAACACUGGAAGAACCCGUCAUUAACUUCGCUAUCAUGGCUGGGACUUCUCUAUGCCAUCUUCAGUCUUGCGAUCUAUUUCCUUCCUGCAGCAAGCGACCACUAUAUAGGCUUGUCGGGGACGCUCGCCACACUUUAUCAUGCGCGUUCCGGUCAGUGCGUAACGCGAAUCGGUGCAAACAAAGCCAAUCUGCAGACCCUUCAAGUCAUGAUCGCCCGCUGUGUGUUCGGGUUCUCUAACCGGGAAGACUGGGGGGCUGGUCUGAUCCCAGACAUCGGCGCUAUUGUGCGUAUUGCCAUGCGACUAGGCCUGCACCGUGAUCCAUCUCAUUUCCCCAAUAUGACACCUUUCCAGGGAGAAAUGCGCCGUCGGAUCUGGACUAUAUUAUGCCAGAUUGACACACUCUCAUCCUUUCAUCUAGGAAUGCCAGCUGCCAUCCGGACAGGAGACGGGGAUACUGAGGCGCCACGCAACCUGCUCGACACAGACAUUGACGAAGCAAUGUCUGAGUUACCACCCUCGCGACCGUUUUCGCAGCAUGUUCCAUUGGGGUACAUGCUUGUAAAAAACGAUAUACUAAGUGUGAUGAAGCGAGUUGUUGAAUCAUUGAACUCCAUACACGAGAAGCGCUACGAGGUUGUUCUGCAGCUUGAUAGAGACCUUGCUCAGGUGUACGCCAUGAUCCCAGCAUAUCUGCGACUCAAUAACUGGGAGAAUGCGCACAAUGACCCACCAUAUCUGGUCCUCCAAAAGGUCCAGUUGGACACACUCUACCACCAAAUCGUAUCUGUACUUCAUCGGCGAUAUCUGCGCGAGGCGAGAUCGGAUUCAAAAUAUGCUGUCUCAGAGCAACGAUGCGUUGAUUCAUCGAUGGUCUUGCUGAACCAUCAAGCCACGAUCUACAAGAAGUCUCAACCAGGCGGGUAUCUGAACCCCAACUUUAGGUACGCCAUUCCACCUGAGGGCAUGAAUUUUACCCUUGCUGUGAUGGUACUCUGCCUAUAUCUCCAGUACCGAACAAAAACAAAGCGAAAGGACCUCCUAUCUGUAGAUACGAAGGACCAACAGCUAUUUCAAGCUCUGAGCACCUCGCAUGCCAUAUGGAAACAUCUAUCGAACGAGCAUCAUGAGGCGGGCAAGGUGGCAAACGUACUCGACAAAAUCAUGGGGCAACUGCGUCCGAGGUUGUCUUUUCCAGACGAUAGAUUAUCAGCCCUUGAACCGGGAGUACCAUUCAGCUACGGAGAAAGCUCCCAUAUCGGUGCUCAGUCUACGACUCGUUCUGAGUCAAGUCUCAAUCUUAAUAUUGACUGCACGGAAAGUGGUGGUAUAGAAAUGAGUGACUUUAAUUGG